AUGCCUACCUAUCCCAUGAGAGAUAGACGGAUUUUAGACCUAAUUGAUGAUGCUUGGAGAGAGGAUGAACUGCUGUAUGAGGAUGUGACCAUCCCCCUGAACGAACUUCCGGGGCCAGAGCAGGAUAAUGGCUGGGCAACGGAGUCUGUUAAAGAAGAGGAAAUUAAAUGGGCGGACCUGGCACUGCAGUAUUUACAUGAAAAUAUUCCUUCAUCGGGCAGCUAAAAGCAGUGAACACCGUGUAUUUGUGUAUUAACAAACUAAAAUGUCUAGUAAGGUUUUUUUUUGUACUGAACUAUGUUUCCUUGAGGUAAUAAAGCCACUAAAGCAUG